AUACAAGAAGAAGAAGAAGAAGAAAUGGCACAAUCGUCCUCUGCAACCUCUGCAUCUUCACGAACUGCCUCAUUCAUAUUGAGGAUAUUGGCCUUCGCUCUCUCGCUCAUAUCACUCAUAGUGCUCGCCACCAAUACUGUAAUUGUCACUGAUUACGAUUAUAAUGAGGCAAAGUUUCGUUUUCAGGAUUUUUAUGCCUACCGAUACAUGCUUGCUACGAUCGUUAUUGGUACCGCAUACAGCCUCCUGCAACUCGUGGCAUCAAUCUGUAAUGCAAUAUCUGGUGGUGAGGGCAUGCUCGUUCUUGCUUUCUUUGGUGACAAGUUUAUAUCCUAUGUGAUGGCCACCGGAGCUGCUGCUGGAUUUGGUGUAACUGUAGACCUAUCACGAGUCACGGGAGGCACGGGUUUAGACAUGAGCAAUUUCUUUGAGAAGGCAUAUGCAUCAGCUAGUCUCCUCCUCCUCGCUUUCAUUUGCACUGCGUUGCUAUCUAUUAUCUCUGCCUUUGCACUUCCAAGGCGAUCUCUUUGAUUCCAUCCCCCAUUUACCAUUGUCUUUCUACAUCAUAGAUACACAUAUUCUCUUCGUUUCUUUUAGGCUUGCCUGUGUACGUGUUCGAGUCAUGAUCAAGUAAUUGUCAUUUCUAAUUCCUUUGAAUUAAUUCUGUUUCUUCCUAACUAAGUUGUAAAAUAU